CGUAACCGUUGCCCGGUCGCCUAGCAACUUUUGUUUAUCUCCUUCUUGGGGCAGGAAAAUGCCUAUCGGAAGGACUCAACUUUGCUUGACUCCUUUCAGGUUGAGAAGAACAAAAUUGGAAAAUGCAGAAACUGGGUGGCCCGUUUGAUUUGAAAGAGGCUGGGAUUACAGCGAGGCGAAGAAACUUGGAAUUGCAGAGGCAGAACAGGAUUUUUAAUGCCAGACUCAGAACAAUUGGGAUUGAUAAACAGGCAUUGGAUGGCCAAAUCAAGGAUAAGAAAAUUCAGGAAGAGACAGAGGCUAGAAAACAUUUAGCCUAUGCUAAGGAUUUGAUUCGCCAUGACCAAACAAUGUGCCUCCUGGAUGCUCGACACAAGCAAGACAUGAAGAAUUUAAACAGGGCUAUUGGUGAAUUCCGUAUACGCUACCAAAAGCCUGACACACGUCGCGAGUUUGAUCUGAAUGACCCACAAGCCUUAAAAAAAGAUGUUCCUGCCCGAAUUUCAGACACUGAUCCUCGUUGCACUGUAUCCAGUAUACAGAAGCUUCUUGGGGAAGAUUUACAACGACAAGAACGGAUUAAACGUCAACAGGAACAAACCAGGGAGUGGUUACUUGCACAGCAGAAAGAUUUGAAGAAUGCUUUGGAAGACCAGAAGUUUGCAAAUAGUCUGUAUGAUAAAUAUAGGAUAGCUCAGGACCAAAGAGCUUGUGAACUGCAACAAAUGGAAGAAAAUACGAGGAGAGCUGUUACUGUAGCAACAAAAGAUUUUAAUCGGGCACAGGCAACUGAAUCCGCUACAAAACAUAAACUUGAAAAACUCCAAGAGCAAGAAGACAAUGCAAUUGACAUUCAAAACCAGAUGCACAGUGAUUUCUUAACAGAAAACCCAAAACAGGCAUUUAGUGCUUUUGGACCAAAUCGUGUCAUUGUACAUCGCUGGAAAGGAAUGACACCAGACCAGAUGGAUGCUGUUGCUCGCAAAUGGAAGCAACAGGUCCAGGAGAAAAAGAGACUACAGGAGGAAGAGCGUCAGCGCAAUGCAGAAUGGGAAAGGCUGUGGAGCAAUGAUGCUCGGGCAGCUGUGCUUCUUGAACGACAGCAGCAGCGAAUAAACCGACAACUUCGAAAAGAAAUGGACUGUCAGAACAUGGUGCUGUGCAGUGAUCAUAAAGCACGGGAGAAAUUUCUGAAAAAUGAGGUCUACGUGAAUGUUCCAACUGGAAAAUAUUUUGAUCAGUUUAACACAUCCAGCCGUUGAUAUGGAAUACAUGAUUAUCUUCUACCUCAUUCCAAUAGGCUUCAAGAAAAUAUUUUAUUUUUUGUUCUUAUUGUGAAUGCCUUCCGUUGAAAGAAGCACCAUAAGGAAACUCACUUGAUUUUCUAUAAUAAUGUUUCAAAUAUUAAAUUUGCUAUCAUUUUGAAUUUGAAAUUAUCUUGCAAUCAAUCAGUAAUUUGUCAUUUUAAACAGAGACAACAAAACGUUUUUGAAAAGAAAUGGCAAUAUUUUUCUUUUGCCUUUGUAACCAUAUAAAAAUAUUUGAAAGUAAACUCCUAACAUAUGACAUAAAAUCCAUCUAUCCAUUUACUUUUUCGGAAAUUAAACUUUCCAUGAUGUAAGUGUCAGCUUACCUCUUAAAACAAUGCUGAGUUGGUCUGCAAGUUGGCAGUUAUUUUGCACAAUCGUGCUAAACAGCUGCUGUUAACUAACUGCCUCACGAUGAGAUCUGCAGUCAUCAGGUUAGGGUCAAAAUGAUUUAACUAGUUUCGGACAUAGCUGAUGUAUAUUGAAAUAUGAAACUAUAUCAUGAGUACAGCGGAAAAUACCAUAUGAUCUUUUAUAUGUCUUACCACAGUAUUACUGUAAUUUAAAAAGUGAAUUUCUUCUUAAAAUGUGACCAGUCUUUCAGAAUAACAAUAAACCAAGGAUUCUUGGAAUAAAUGUAAGUGUAUUAAGA